AUGAUUGUUGUUGAUAAUCAAGCAGCUUUUAUAGAAGGGAGAUCUUUGAUUCAUAAUGUACUUAUAUGUCAUGACAUUUUAAGACAUUACAACAGGAAGACUACCCCAAGAUGCUUGAUUAAAAUUGAUCUAAAGAAAGCCUAUGAUAUGGUUAGAUGGGAGUUUCUGGAGGAAGUACUUAAAGGCUAUGGAUUUCCUAUUCCAUUUAUACACUGGAUCAUGUUGUGUGUCACAACUACCACAUUUACAGUAAAAGUAAAUGGUGGUGGAUUUGGCUACUUUGAGGGGAAGAGAGGACUCAGACAAGGAGAUCUCAUGUCUCCAUUGAUGAUGGAAGUUGUGAACCACCUUAGUGAAGUCUCAGGGUUGGUGGCUAACAUGGAAAAGUCCAACAUCUUUUUAGCAGGGAUGGUUGAUGAACUGAAACAGAUAAUCUUGAGUAACACAGGUUUCUCAGCUGUGUAUAAUUUUUGGGGAGCUGUCUUCGUACUUCCACAAAGUGUCAUCAAGGAAGUUGACAGGAAAUGCAGGGAGUACCUCUGA